AACUCAUCUGCAUUCGCUCUGAAUGCGACGUGCAGAAAGUCAUCCACCAACUGCCCAAUUACCAUUUCGUUUAUAUUUUCUGAAUUUCUCAUUAUGAGCGAAGAAUUUAAACUGCCGAAACGAUCACGAAAGCGUACGCGUGACGUGAAACGCAAGGCCCGUCCUGAAUUGGAUGGAGAUACCGCGUGGAUUGCGAUGCGCUAUUAUGAGAAGUUUGAGCCAUUUUGGGACUUUACGGAUAACCUGGAAAGAAUUGAUAAUGCAACAAUAACAUGUGAUGAAUUCAUUGAACGCUACGAGCGCCCAUAUCUGCCCGUAAUAAUAACCGGUUGUGCCGACGGCUGGCUGGCCCAGGAGAAGUGGACGCUCUCCCGGCUUGCCAAGAAGUAUCGCAACCAGAAAUUCAAGUGCGGCGAGGAUAAUGAAGGAUAUAGCGUCAAGAUGAAAAUGAAAUACUAUGUGGAAUAUAUGCAAGGGACUCGCGACGAUAGUCCGCUUUACAUAUUUGAUAGCAGCUUUGGCGAGCAUCAUCGUCGGCGAAAGCUGCUGGAGGAUUAUACGGUGCCCAAAUAUUUUCGCGAUGAUCUCUUCAAGUAUUGCGGCGAGGAUCGUCGCCCGCCAUAUCGAUGGUUUGUAAUGGGUCCAGCUCGCUCCGGCACUGGUAUUCAUAUUGAUCCAUUGGGUACCAGUGCCUGGAAUACGUUAAUACGUGGUCACAAGCGGUGGUGCUUAUUUCCCACGCACACGCCCAAGGACCUGCUGAAGGUCACCAGCGCUAUGGGCGGCAAGCAGCGCGACGAGGCCAUCACCUGGUUUAGCACAAUUUAUCCGCGCACCCAGCUGCCCUCGUGGCCGCAGGAAUACAAACCCAUCGAGGUGCUACAGUGUGCUGGCGAGACGGUGUUUGUGCCUGGCGGCUGGUGGCAUGUGGUGCUCAAUCUGGACGAUACCAUUGCGAUAACGCAGAACUUUUGUAGCUUUACGAACUUUCCGUGUGUGUGGCACAAGACGGUGCGCGGUCGCCCCAAAUUGUCUCGCAAAUGGCUGCGUGUGCUGCGGGAGCAGCGGCCAGAGUUGGCUCAAAUAGCCGAAAGUAUUAAUAUAAACGAAAGCACGGGUUUCGCCUCCGAUAGCUCGAGCAAUUCGAGCUCAUCCUCCUCGUCCAGCAGUUCCUCAUCAUCGGAGACUGAGGCGGACGCCGAUUCAAAUACGGAUAGCGGCCAGGAAAGUCUCACAGCCAAGAAAAAGAAAAAACGGCGCAUGGGCGGCAGCGGUGAUGGCGGAGGUGCCAUGGGCUCUUCGCGGUCUUGAUGUCAACAGAAAGCGAAAAGGAAUAGCCUGCUUUUGCGGCUGUUUCAUCGUCAACUGUUGUUCUGCGGUCGCGUGCCGCGCUGUCAACGUUCGUCCGACCGCACAUCCCGCCCAAGCUAGCAGCGCAAUCCUGACCCUGAUCAUUUCUGCAUGUUUUAGUAAUAUUUUUCUACAUAGACAAGUAAACGUGUUGCUGUAAAAAUAAACUAUGAAUUAUCCCCGGCUAGACCAAACAGCCGCUUAAUAUUAGCUCUAAAUAGUCAA